AGAAUGUUUUUGGUGAUUACUUACAAAUUUUAAAUUCAAAGAAAUUUAUUCAAGUGGUUGUAAGAAUGGAUAGAAGUGGAACAAGACAAGGAGAUAGAGAACAUUUGGAGCCUGUACUGAUGGGUACCAGGUUUGGAGGACAGAGAGAAGAUGAGAUGUCAGUUAUGGUCUCUGCUCUGACUCAUGUGGUGGCUGGUGGAGGCAGUGAUGGUGGUUUCGGGCAGAAGAGACACCGCGAUGAAGGCGGUGAUCAUCGUGACCCGGUUCCUGCUGGUUUCUUGCCUUACCAGGAUCCGUCUCAGGAAGGAUCACCUACAUAUGUGCAUGAUUCUUCGAGUAAUGACACGAACAAUAGUCAAGAGCCUUCGAGUGGAGAAGAAAUUCAAGCAAGGAGAAAGUACAGGGGAGUCCGGAGGAGGCCUUGGGGAAAAUGGGCUGCUGAAAUUCGAGACCCUUAUAAAGCUGCUAGAGUCUGGCUAGGCACAUUCACUACUGCAGAGGAAGCUGCUAGAGCUUAUGAUGUUGCAGCACUUAGGUUUCGAGGCAGCAAAGCUAAGCUCAACUUCCCUGAGAACGUGACGCGUAGACCAUCGUCUAGUUCCCAGGCUCCCCAAUGGAUCAUUUCUAGUUCUCCUGAUACGAGUUUUACCGUAUCGACAAUGCCUGAGCCUGUGGUUCAGAAUGCACAAAAUGUGUAUCCAGUGCAGGGUGCAGGAGAGUACAUGGACUAUUAUUCUCAGCAAUCUACAAGUUUACUGGACCAAUUUGCAUUUUCGUCAGCCGGGACUUCAGCUCCUACUUUGCAUUCUUCUUCUUCUUCGUCGACGAGUGAUUAUACGAGUACUAUUGGUAUGCCUAAUUAUUAUCCACCGAAUUUUCCAGAUUUCGAUCCUGGCCAUAACAGGCGGUUCUAGGUAGAGAAGACGGACAUGUAUCCUCGUGCUCCUUACUGUUUUUUUACCCAACAAAGUUUUGUAAAAUUCUAGGAGUCAACAGAGGGGGUCUCGAAAAAAAUAUUUGUACCCCUGUAUAAUUCCACAUUCUUUGGGGAUGAAAUUAUUUGUGUAUCGCUUUCAUUAUAAUCGAUUUCGUGACGUUGAGCAAAGUAUACUAUUUGAACGCCUGGCUCUGUGGCAGAUUCUGUAUGCAUAUAAAUGAGAGUGUAAGGCAAAAAGAUAGUACCC